CCAAAUAAACAACAUUAUUAUCUUAACAACUUCUUUGACGACCAACUCAAAGUCCUAAUAUCUUUUGAGUGAACUUCUCGUCUAAAAAGGAUGUUCCGUCUUCUUUUACUUUCGUCUUUUUUUGUUGCUUCAUCAUGGGGUUUGCCCAAAGGGAUGCCCGGAAGCUCCAAGGGCGAUGAAUUGUGUACAAAUAUGGGUGGAACUUGCGUGGAUUGGCGGUAUUAUGUGUGCAACGGGGGCGUGGAAACUGGCCUUUGCACCGGUGACAGCAACAUUCGAUGUUGCCUUUCUUGCGACCAAACCUGUCAGGAUAAUGAGAACGAAUGGAGUGCUGGAGACGGGGCGUGUGAAGAAGCGGGUGGAGAUUGCAAACUGAACUCGAAUUAUUGCGAUGGGGUGUACACCGGAGGAAAAUGUGGUGGCCCGAACGAACGACAAUGUUGUCAAAAACCCGAUGAAGGUGAUUGUCCCCGAAUCAUCAGUCGGGCUGAAUGGGGCGCCAGGCCUGCCAAUCCCAGCUUCAUGGGCGACAGCGUGCCCAACAUGUUCGUUCAUCAUGCUGAAGGUCCCGAUUGUUACAACCAAGAAGAUUGCAUGGCCCAGGUUCGGGGAAUCCAAAACUACCAUAUGGAUAGCAAUGGUUGGUCCGACAUUGGAUACAGCUUCCUAGUUGGUGGAGAUGGUAACGUGUAUGAGGGCCGCGGAUGGAAUAAGAUUGGAGCCCACACCCAAGGGUACAACUCCGUUGGAUAUGGGACUUGCUUCAUUGGUAGCUUCAUGACGAAAAACCCCACUCAAGAAGCCAUGGAUGUAUACCAACAACUGGCUUCGUGUGCCGUGGGGCUUGGAAAGGUGCAAUCCAAUUACGAGAUGUUUGGCCAUCGUCAAGCGGGUAGUACCGAUUGUCCUGGAGACAAACUCUACCAAACCAUUCAAAGCUGGCCGAAAUGGACACCUGGAAGUCCUUAAGCGAUGCUAAUACGACUCGUAUCUUGAGAUCCGCAUUCACCCUCCCUGAUCAAUCAAAAUAAACGAGAGAUGAAUUGACGGAAGAAUCCAAAA